CUAAGUCUUUGCAGCGGUACAGCUUGCAAUUGGUGCUAACGCGGCCGCUCUGCAAGACUACAACUCAUAACGACCGCUGCUGCGAGCAUCGAUCAACCGUCGCUGCAGAGAGCACCGCUGGCUGGGUAGCUCACACAGAGAGCGUCGCUCUCAGAGACGUCGUCGCGGUGCGCAAAACAAAACAAAUGGCCGCCCAGGCCGAAGCACUAGCAGAACUCGAAGCAAAACACGAGGAGGAGUGGAGAGAAUUCAGAGAGCGAGCAGAAACGCAGCGGCAAGGAGCCUCGAAAAAAAAACUCAAGCAGAUCGAGUUCGCGCUGCAGCAGGAGGAGUCCGAUUUGCGGUAUAGGCACCACGAGGAGUUGGAGGACCUUGAGGGCGGCGACGACGCGGCCACAGUGGAAGAACCGGUUGUGGUGGAAGACGCGGCCGCGAAGCGGCGCGAGGAGGAGGAGAGGCAGAGGGCGAAGAAACUUGCGAAAGCGGCGAAGAAGAAGUCUAAGAGAGAAGCGAGGGCCAAGACUGACAGCGCCAAGGCCCAAGCGGACGCCAUCGAGGCCGAGGAGGUCCGACGGAAUUCCGAGAGAAAAAAAGAAUGCGAGGCCAUUUCCAAAAAACUCGUGGAAAUCAAUCGUAAAAUAAAGGACGUGGCCGCCGACGGCCACUGCUUGUACCGCGCCGUCGCGGACCAGAGCGGGUCGACCUAUACAUCAAUAAGGGAGACUUGCGCUUCUUUCAUGGAGUCCCACGAAAGUGACUUCGCGCCGUUUAUUGAGGAUGCGAGCUUCGGAGACCACUGCGCUAAGGUAAGGAGCAGCGCCGAGUGGGGCGGCCAGCCCGAGGUCCUGGCGCUCGCGCGGGCUCUGAAUAGGCCGAUCGUCGUCUAUUCUCGGGAUAGCGCGCCGCUGCGCAUGGGGGACGGUGAAGGUGAGGAGCUCGUCGUGACCUACCACCGGGACUACUACGCGCUCGGCGAGCACUACAACUCGACGGAGCCGCUUAGGCCGUAAGAGGAGACUGUGUGUAACGUGUGCCACUGGCAUUGCUGGCACUGCGCGUCGAUGGCGUAUGGGGG